AUGGUUAUGCUUAUUUGCCGUGUAUCUGUGGAUAUGCUCGGAGCACCUGUUUCUUUGCCCGCUCCCUCCUUGUUGCUUACUCUUGUCUGCCCCGCCGUUGUUCCCCAUGCCCCUUUGGUCGUCAGAACCCGGGAUACUAAGGGGGAAUAUGAAAAAGGGGAGCGAGGAGGAGUGGACCGAAUCUGGCCCGGGCAGAUCCAGAGGAACGUUUUAAAACUCGGCAGUGUCCCCGACGGGCGCCCGGGUCAGCGUUUUGAGGUAAAAGUGCUACAUUUGGGGUUUCAACAAAAUGGUUGGUGGGGGAAACGGUUAAGAAGCUGGUCUUUCCGAUACGAAGGCGUGGAGGGGCAUUCCGUCAGCCUCCCCGCUAGGCGAGACCGUUUUCAAGCGCUCAUCACUUGGCUUCUCCUCGACGCAGCGGCCUGGUGCGGGCAACGUGAAGAAAAAAAUAGCCUUCCUGGGAAGCAUCGAACAGCUGUAUUCGCGCUAUACUGUGACAGAGUUCCGGUUGGGAACGAGUCUCAACAGCCUGCUCAGUUUCCCAAUCCAGAAACACCUGGUUAUGUUGGAUUUGCAAACCUUCCCAACCAGGUUCAUCGGAAAUCUGUGAAAAAAGGCUUUGAGUUCACCCUUAUGGUGGUUGGUGAAUCUGGACUGGGAAAAUCUACUCUGAUUAACAGCCUGUUCUUAACAGAUCUCUAUCCAGAAAGGAUAAUCCCAGGAGCAGCUGAGAAAAUUGAAAGGACUGUACAGAUUGAAGCUUCAACUGUAGAAAUUGAAGAAAGGGGGGUAAAGCUCCGGCUGACUGUUGUGGACACACCAGGAUAUGGCGAUGCUAUCAAUUGUCGAGACUGUUUUAAGACUAUAAUUUCCUAUAUUGAUGAGCAAUUUGAACGCUAUCUUCAUGAUGAGAGUGGUUUGAACAGACGGCAUAUUGUAGAUAACAGAGUUCACUGCUGUUUCUAUUUCAUUUCACCGUUUGGACAUGGUCUCAAGCCCUUGGAUGUUGAGUUCAUGAAAGCCAUACACAACAAAGUGAAUAUUGUACCUGUAAUUGCAAAAGCUGAUACUCUUACUCUGAAGGAGCGGGAGAGGCUGAAGAAAAGGAUUCUGGAUGAAAUUGAAGAACAUAGCAUCAAGAUUUAUCACUUGCCAGAUGCAGAAUCCGAUGAAGAUGAAGACUUUAAAGAACAGACUAGACAUCUGAAGGCCAGCAUUCCAUUUUGUGUAGUGGGAUCCAAUCAACUUAUUGAAGCUAAAGGUAAAAAAGUCAGAGGUCGUCUCUAUCCAUGGGGAGUUGUUGAAGUGGAGAACCCAGAGCACAAUGACUUCCUGAAAUUAAGAACCAUGCUAAUCACCCACAUGCAAGAUCUCCAGGAAGUAACUCAAGACCUUCACUAUGAAAACUUCCGUUCUGAAAGACUUAAGAAAGGUGGCAGGAAGGUAGAAGAUGAGGAAGUGAACAAAGACCAAAUCUUGCUGGAAAAGGAAGCCGAACUCCGCCGAAUGCAUGAGAUGAUUGCAAGGAUGCAGGCUCAGAUGCAAAUGCAUAGACAAGGAGGUGAAGGAGACACUGGAAUGCUCCAUGGGCACAAAGUCUAA